AUGGCUUCUGCCGUCAAGAGAGUCGAAAAGAUCCGCCAAAUCGUGCGUUUGAAGCAGGUAAUGCAGCGAUGGAAGACCAUGAGUGUGAGUCUCAGACCGCGGUCCAUACGCUCCUUCUCCGACUCCGAUUCCGACUGCACCUCCGGGUCGAUCCGGCGCACCCCCUCCGGGUUCCUGGCCGUCUAUGUAGGCGCGGACCGCCGGCGGUUCGUGAUCCCAACCCGGCUCCUGAACCUGCCGAUCUUCGUGGCUCUGUUGAACAAGGCGGAGGAGGAGUUCGGGCUUCGAUCGAGCGGAGGCCUGGUUUUACCCUGUGAAGUGGGGUUUUUCAAAGAAGUACUAAGGUUUUUGGAGAAGGAUGAGGCGAAAUACGGUGGGUUGGGGUUGGAUGAGUUUGUCAAGAUGGUUUCCGAAGUGGGUUUUGAUUCCUGUAGAGAGACAAGGAAUGUGGUGAAUGGGUUUACUCCUCUCCUGCAGAAAGCUAGGGUUUGA